ACCCACAUCCCACAUCCCACAAAGACCCUGGACCUCCGCCAGUCUGCAAGGACAUGGGGUGGUUCCAGGGCAAUGUUAAGAUAAUUGCCUGCGAAGACGAGCGCUCUGUAAAGCUUUAUAAAGCGGCGGUAGCGCAGGUCGGCGAGGUCUAUGCUGGUGCGAAACUCGUCGCAGUCGACUGGAGCGAGGUGCCCAGCAGACCGAGGGCCAGAAUUUGGGUGCCGGCUACCUUUAAGGAGCCAGAAGGCAUCCUCAAGAUGCUGCAGAGAUGCAACCCAGGACUACCAAGCUCAGAUUGGAAGGUAGCCAAGGUUGAGACGACACAAGGGCCGACUCGUUCUCAAUAAAGAGUCGCUGGCCCCGAUAGAGGCAGCAAAAGGAGAGCUAAACUUCGGCUUCAGCUCGGUCACCAUCAAGGUCUACAAAUCGGACGCGGCGGCCGCGGCGCUUCCUGUCGUCAACCCAGACGUGCAGGAUGUCGCUGCGGAGAUCGCUGUCUCCUCAGAGACAGAGCUGAUGCUCGACUUUGAGUCAAUGUGCCGAGAGAGAGUCUCAGAUGACUCGGACGCGGUCAUCACGGUGGUGGAGAAUCUUGAAGAUGGUCCUAAGGAUCCUUCAAAUAAAUCUCCACCACAGUAAAGCAGCAUCGGCUGCUCUCAUACUCCGCCUAGACGCAAGCAGAGCCGACGUAGUCCUGAUCCAGGAGCCUUGGGUGGUAGGAGGCAAGGUCUGUGGAUUGGGGACGAGGGAAUACAAGAUCAUUGUAUCCCAAAAUGAAGCGAUGGCGAUAACACGGCGGUAAGCCUAGAACUAAAAGGGAAUCAUCUCAGGCUGGUGGCGUCCUAUAUGGCCCACGAGGACGAUGAUCCUCCGAACGACCUUGUUCGCAAAAUAGCCAGCGACAGCGAAAGGACGGACAAAGACCUACUUAUAGGUUGCGAUGCCAACGCCCACCACACCCAAUGGGGGAGCACGGACACGAAUGUAAGGGGUGAGUCACUGUUCAGCUUCAUCCUGAACUCAAAUUUAUUCAUAUGCAAUCGGGGUAACGACCCCACAUUUAUAAUUAAAAAUCGGCAGGAGGUCAUUGACCUCACGCUAGUGUCAAGCAAACUGCUGGACACAAUCAAGAGCUGGAGAGUCCUAGGAGACCACUCCUUCUCGGACGACAGGUAUAUCGAGACGAUAUUAUCCUUCGAUAUUCCCAAACCAACCGACUAUAUCAACCCCAGAAAAGCCAACUGGGAAAAAUAUAACACAACCCUGGAGGAGCUACUCCCUCCUAACGCCCCUAAUUGCCCGAACACUGAAGACAACCUAAACCGUCUUGUAAACAGGUUUACGGAUGCGUGCAACAAAGCCUUCAAGGCAGCAUGCCCUUCUACCAGACCAAGGGGGAAAAAGAAACCGCCCUGGUGGUCUAAGCAACUAGACACCCAUCCGUCCUUACAAAACGGAACAUAAGUUGGGCA